AUUUCUUGUCCUUUAUUCACGGCGGUUUCACCUCAAUCAGACAUCUUUUACACUCUUCUUUUCCUCUCCACUCCAUCACCAUCUUCACAUUUUCCAUACCAUCUUCUCUGUUUCACAUUUUUUAAGCACAUAACCAAAUGGCUGAGCUGUGCAUGUCUUCUUCGACCACCUUUAAGCCUCAAGCCAGUCUUGUUUACGCUUACUUUACUCGCAUUAGUAGCUUCAUUCUCUCCCACCCUCUCUACUUCUCAUACUUGAUCUUCUUCUCGCCUUACGCGCUUAAAACUCUGUCAUUCCUCUGGCCUCUCUUCAUCACCACCUCUUUUAUACUUCUAGUUCUUGUUCUCGGGCAAAGUAACUCUGCAUUUCAUGUAAUUCGAGAAAAUUUGAGUGAGAAAUUUGGUUUUGACAGCCAGGAAGCCUGUCCUGACUUGGAGGAAUGUGAAGCAUAUAAGAUCGUGUUUGCGUUUGACACUCAGGUAUCUGAUAUGGUUGAGCAUUUGACUGGAGAAGAGUAUUUGCUGCAAUCUUUUGAUGAUAAAGAAGUAGUUUAUGAUUUAGUUGAACCAGCUAAGAGUAGUGAUUCACAAUUUGUGGAGGAGAAGAGAUUACAGGACUUUUUCGAUGUAGUGGAUGACUUUGAUGAUAAUGUGGUUGAGAAAAAUGUUGAUCUGAUUUGCACAAAGUCCAUUGAAGUUGUUGCAGAAGAUGUAGAUGAGUCGAAAUUGAGGAAAAUAGAUGAUUCAGUGAUUGUGAAGUCUGGUAAAGUUGUUGAAGAAAAUGCAGAUGAGGCAAAAGAUGUCAAUGUUAUUGGUUGGAACAAUGGAGGACACACUAGAAAGGUAAGGUCACUUGGCAAGCCAUUUUCCGCGGAAGGUAUUAUUGACAGUGGAGAGUACAAUUCAAGUCUUGGAAGCUACGGAUCCAUGAGAAGGGAAAAGGAAUGGAAGAGGACGUUAGCCUGCAAGCUUUUUGAGGAACGGCAUAAUGCAGUGGUGGAGGGGGAUGAGAGGAUUGAUGCGCUUUGGGAGAGGCAUGAAUCCGAUGAGUUGAGCAAGUCUAUGAGAAUGGCCAGUGAAACUAACAAGAAGAGUGUGAAGAAGUCGUCUAUAAUGAGCUUUUACGGGGAUGUUGAAGAAGAAGAAGAAGAAGAAGGUGAUGAUGAUAAUGAGGAGUUUGAGAUUACAAAGGCGCAGCUAUGUUGCUUACAGGCCUUCAAGUUUUCUGCUGGCAAGAUGAACUUGGGGAUGAGAAGGCCUAAUCUUGUCAAGUUUUCGAAGGCCUUGAAGGGGUUUGGCUGGCUUCAUUCUGCCAAAAGGCAUGGAAGGAAGGAGAAAGCUUAAGUGUGACUAAUACUAGUUUGUUUUUUCAGUCAAGCUUCAUGUAAAACUUUUCAUGUGUUUCGAAUAUCUAUUAUAUCUGCAUAUAAACUUCUGCUUUCCUUUGCUUGGUUUGAA